AUGGACAAUUUACUGGAUGGGCUGAAUCGCGCUCAGAGGCUGGCGGUAACGUCGCCUUCACUUGCAUUGCAGGUCCUAGCCCCUCCCGGAUCUGGAAAAACCAAAACACUCACCGCACGUGUAUCUUAUCUCAUUGCUGAACGAGGGUUGAAACCAUGGAACAUUAUCGUUUGUACUUUCACGGUGAAGGCUGCACGAGAGAUGAAAGAACGAAUCAAAGACCUCGUUGGUGACGGCCUGGAAAAGAAACUCAUCCUGGGCACAUUCCACUCUGUUGCUCGACGCUUUCUCGUAUCAUAUGGCAACUUGAUUGGCAUUGACAAGAACUUCGGUAUUGCCGAUACGUCGGACAGCAGAGCCAUCAUCACUCGCAUUAUCAAACGUCAAGGCUUCUCUAUCGAACCAGGAAGUGCUGGAGCGAGGUUAUCCAGUCUCAAAGCCAAAAGCAUCAGUGCAGAGCAAUACGGUGUCACUCGCAAGGCCGCUGAGCAGGAGUUCAGUAUUGUCUACGCUGAGUACGAAGAAGCUCUGCGAACCUCCAACUUGUUGGACUACGACGAUUUACUUCUCCGUUGUGCCUUGCUUCUCCGCCAACAUCCCGAGUGUGUCUCCAACAUCGAGGCCGUUCUCAUUGACGAGUUUCAAGACACGAAUAUUGUACAAUUUGAGCUUAUGUGCCUGUUCUCCCAGUUCAAGAAGAAUGCCACCAUCGUUGGCGAUCCUGAUCAGAGCAUCUAUGGUUGGCGAAACGCUGAGAUCAAGAACCUUGAACGAAUGGAAAAGCGAUUUCCUGGCACGGAUGUCAUCCAUCUAGAAGAGAACUACAGAUCAGCAGGAGCAAUUCUUCAAUCAGCUCAGCAAAUUAUUGAGCAAGACGAGAGCAGACCUGCCAAGGCUCUCAAGCCUACCUUCGGUAUUGGAGAUCGACCAGUUCUUCGGAAACUCCCUACGGCUGACGCAGAAGCAAAAUGGCUUGUUUCAGAAAUUAGAAGGACACAGGCUCUCAGCGCAGAACUGCUCAAGCCCAAUGACUUUGCGAUUCUGCUCAGAUCUGCUGCUGUAUCUAGGCACAUCGAAUCAGCACUCGGAAACUCUGGCAUACCAUAUCGCAUGGUAGGAGGAACCAAGUUUUUUGAUCGUAUCGAGGUCAAAAUGGUGUUGGACUAUCUUCGUGUCAUCAACCAACCGGAUCACAACGACGCGCUGCUACGGAUCAUUAACGUCCCCACUCGUGGUGUUGGCGAUGUCACCAUCAAAGGUCUAAUAGACGAAGCGGAGAGAAAAGGCAGUACACUAUGGACGAUAGUCUUGAACAUCGUGCAAGGAAAAGCACGAUCAGAUAUCAAACUCUCCGCUCAAGGCUUAAAAGGCUUGACAGAUCUGGUCAAUCUUGUCUUGACUGGUCGGAAGAAAAUCACAGGCACAGAAGAUCAGCAAGCAUCUCCCUUCGAACUGGUCGAAUAUCUGAUCAAGAAGCUGGAACUCUCCGAAUUCUUACAGAAAAAGUAUCCGGAUGACUACGAAACUCGAUGGGCCAACAUCGAAGAACUCAAGGCACAGACAGCAGACUUGACAGCAGCCAUGGCACGAGGCGAGGAGUUCCUCGAGGAGGAAGUUCUGCCAGAUAUUGAAGGGUUGGAGCAACGACUCAUCAAUCCGAACGAGGAUGCGUUGACUUUAUUUCUUGCAAACAUUGCACUUUCGAGUGAAGCGCAACGCAAGGAAGAUGAGAAUCCUGAUGAGCUUCAACAGCACGUCACAAUAUCAACCAUUCACGCAGCAAAAGGUCUCGAAUGGCCUGUUGUUUUCAUCCCCGCUUGCUAUGAAGGCUCAAUACCACAUUCAAGAGCCGAUGACAUCGAUGAAGAACGACGAUUGUUAUAUGUCGGCAUGACCAGAGCUCAAGCCCUGUUGUACUUGAGCUGCCCCAACAAGAACAGUCAAUCUGGAGAAACUACCAUGUCUCACUUCCUCACACAAAGAGGCAUAGAAGCUUUCUUCGAGACUCAAGGCCCUAAGCUUUACGAUGACGCAGUGGUUGAGCUGGCAAGAACACUGAGAAGAGACAAGCCUGCGCUGAAGCUACUCAUUGAAGCACGCAGCACAUAUGAAACUCCUGAAGACACGCAUUGGCCCAUAGAUGGCACUUUCCCUAAGAGCGAAAACACAAGAUGG